AUGAGAGUCUCACCGCGCAAACGGCCGCCGACUCCACCACGACCUCGCCGACCUCUCCCUCUGCCUCUGCCGGCGGCGAGUGGUUCUUCGUCGGAGGACAUCUCGGGCGGCGGCGAUUCAGUCAAAGGCGGUGGCGCUUCUGUCAAAGGCGGCGGCGCCGAGGUCUGGGACGGCGGCGCUCGUGUCUGCGGCGGGGGCGCUGAGGUCUGGGGCGGCGGCGCCGAGGUCUGGGACGGCGGCGCUCGUGUCUGCGGCGGCGGCGCUGAGGUCUGGGGCGGCGGCGCCGAGGUCUGGGCGGCGACGCCGAGGUCUGGGGCGGCGGGAGGCAGUGGGUCUCUGGUUCGCAGGGUUGGGGGCAGGAAGAAGAAAGGAGGAGGAGGAUGUGUGUGGUGUGGGAGGGGAUAA